AUUUAAAAUAAAAAAUAUCUUAUUGGAAGGUUUGGAAAAUGUAAUGAUACAAAAAUGUGAUCUUGAUGUGUGCACCAUGUCAACUCAAUUUAAAGUCACCAUACCGGCAUUGGCAAUUAAAACCGACUAUACAUUGAAGGGGAUUGUCGACAAUUCUCCCGUUAUUGGUGCCGGUAACAUGACCAUUGCUGUUAAUACGUUGUAUAUUAAUGUCGAGACGUUUUUGGACUGUAACAUGGUUAUCUUUUCGGAAGGAGAUUGUCGGCUCAGCAACAGAAACAAAACAUUAGACGUAUCCUUGGAAAGCGUUUUGGUGAGCAUGACCGGUAUCCACUACAAGAAUUUAACAAAAUCAAAAAUCGACGAAGGAAUCAAUGCCUUUAUUGAUGCCUACAUCAAAUCCGAUCAAAGCGGAUUAGUUGAGAAAAUCACAGGACUGCUGGUUUCUUACAAAAAUGAGAUGCUGAAACGCAUGAGUCCCUCGAAGCUUCUAAACAAUUUAAAGGAUCAAUUGAUGGCAAUUACAGUCGAUUUGAAAAAAAAUAGGCGAUCUUUUAAUGGACAUCAAAUUAUCCACAAUUAUGUUUCGAUUUAUGUAUAA